UUCCUAGCCCGGUCAGCUGAAACAUAAACAAUCUACGAGUCAUAGAGGCCGUGAUGGAUGAUCAUCACGUAAACAACAUAGGUCGUGCAUAAUAUUGUCACUAAUGCACGACCGUCCCACCGGACAUUAGUUACACGAUUAUACGUCAGAGAGGAUAUAACAUCGAGAAGGAAGCAUCUAGAUCUGUUCUUUCAAAAGAAGCAAUGAACGAAUUUUCGGUGUUGAUGCUGGCAGUUCUAGCGUCUUCUGCUGCUGCAUCAUGUCUGCUGGACAAACGUAUUCGUGGUCAGUGGUGGGUUGUCGAUGACAAUGGAGAUAGGAUCAAGGAUGAGGCUAUCACAGUUUCGAGUCAUAACGUAGACAUAGUAAGGGGAGGUCACGUGACAAAGUACUCGUGUUCUCAUACCAGUGGCUACCUCGUCCAAUUACAACCGAUUGGCAGUGAAGGCUACAUCUGCCUAGAAUUCGUACCUUCAGACAGCGGUACACACACUGAGUAUUCUGUUAUACGACGAGUCCAUCACACGACUGGGAGGAUGCCCGUCAUACAGCCGACAGGACUGAGUCAGUGCUCGAGGGCCGGUGAUCUGGGCACCGUGAAAGUCAGACGGGCAGAUCCCGGAUGUACCUUUCCGUCUGCGAUACAAGGAAAAUGGACUUUCUCUGGAACCUUUAUCAAAGAAAUCUCCAUUGAAAACAGCACGUUAGCCAUACAGGCCUUUGAUUUCAAUGCAAUGGAGUUAGCAUGCGAACGUUUCCAAAUGAAGGGCAACCACACAUAUAUGUUCGCUUUAAGGAAGGAGCAUGUAACGAAAAACAAAGAUGGCUGUCUGUGCUUCCGGUUCCAUUUUGUACCUAUGCCGGAGGAUGACAGAGAUAUCCGUGUACUAGCCGGACAGCGAUUUAGUGCUGGAACGCCAAUAAAGCUGAUUGAUCAUGGCGCACCUAUCUACCUUCACCAGACAUGUGACUACGUGGACUCUUUCGGAACAGACACGUGGCACGUGGCACUGCCCCAAUGAUAACAGAUACCAACACAUCGUCCCCACCAGAAAUCAUGUCAUAAUCCACCAUCAUUGUUCAAAUCCAUUGCAAUAUAUAUCAACAAAACAAUUUGAAAUAAAAUAAUUCACCAACUUA